UAUUGUAGAAUCAACGUUCAAUGAUUUUUGUGUUAAUUGUUCAAUCAAUUUAAAAAGGUGAUAAUGGUGCGUAUAACUGUGGAAAUGGUACGAAAUAAAGCUGAGCACCACGAUAGGCUUCUUGGCCCUUUAGAAGAAAUAUCUCUACAUCAAGAGAACAUCGAGAAAAUUGAGUUUAUACAGGAUUGGUGCCCUAAACUGAAAAUACUUCUAAUGCAAAGUAAUCUUAUUGCUAAAAUAGAAAAUCUUAAUAAGUUGAAGAACUUAACCUACCUCAAUUUGGCAUUAAACAAUAUUGAAAUAAUAGAAAACCUAGAAAGAUGUGAAUCAUUACAAAAAUUAGAUCUUACUUUGAAUUUCAUUGGAGAAAUAGUGAGUGUGGAGAAUCUUGUAGACAAUUACAAUUUGGAAAACUUAUAUCUAACUGGAAACCCUUGCACUGAUUAUGAUAACUAUAGAGAUUUUGUUAUUGGAACAUUACCACAACUUACUUCACUCGAUGGUAGAGAUAUUGAAAGAUCUCAUAGAAUCAAAGCUUUGCAAAAUUUAAAAAUUAUAAGGUCCGAUAUUUUAUUUGAACAAGAAAAUUACAGGCAUCAAAGAAGAAAACAAAAAUCCCGACUAGAGCGAGAUAUUUCUGAAAAAUGGGAAAAUGAGUACAAAGACAUGGAUCCCGACGAACGAAAUAAGAAAUUUUGGGCUGAAAAAUGCGAACAUGCUCCAGAAGUUCGUUACGAGAUAGAACGAAUGCGUCAAUUAAAACUAAAAAGUUAUGAACCCGAAAAAAAAGAAGAAAAAAGACAGUACAAGUUUUUCGCUUCCGAUGGUAGACCAUUUAAUAUAAACCAAGCAAAAAUAGACUUUACAUUCAACGACUCAGAACCUGAUAAAUAUAUAUUAGAUUUAGCUGUAUACAAAUAUCUUGAUACAAGUUUAGUAGAUGUCGAUGUUCAACCGAAUUAUGUCAGGGUUAUGGUUAAAGGAAAAAUAUUUCAACUCCAUCUGCCGGAAGAGAUAGACACUACUAACUCAACGGCUCAGCGCUCGCAGAUAACAGGGCACUUGUUAGUAAGCAUGCCAAAAGCAAAGGCAGUAAUACAAAAACCUAUUACCUCUAAAAUUAAAAGUAUGAAGACAGCUCAAUUAAUCACGGAUCAUACGCCUAAAGACUGUGAAAAUGGUACAGGGCAGUCUAAGAGAGAAUAUUUAGAAAUAGGGCCUGCUGACAAAGUCCUUGAUUUUACGAAAUUAACUAAAGCAGCGGCAAAGCCUGAUUACAUUAAUCCGAGGUUUCAACGUGGAGAAAAAAUGCCUUCCCCGGAUUUUGUUGAUAAUCCGGAAGUUCCUGAUCUUAUUUAAGUAUAGAUUAGAUACAUAACAUGACUUUCCAUGCUUCACAAAGUCACCUACUUAAAUCUCCAGAAAUAAUUAAUACGCUUUAAACGUACUGGAAACAGGAGCAAAAAUAUCCACUGGGCCGGAAAAUGUAAUUUAAUGUCAAUGUCAAAUGAAGUGUCCUUAUGCUGUGAUUGUGAGGCUAAAGCUUUGUUUUCAGUUUCAUUCGUAUUUUAAUUAAACAUUUUAUGUUUUGAUUAUAAAAUCAUUAUAAUUUAAAUUAUACCUUUUUAAUAAAAUUUAGUUUAGGUUUUA